AAAAUCAAUUGCUUCUCCUUCACUUCAAUUCGCACUCCCUCACCAAUAAGUAACUUUCUUCUUCUUCCAAUUCCUGUUGACUCUUUUGUUCUGUUUAACUACCGUCUUCUCCCUCCGAUUCACGACUCGCUGAGUCUCCUCAACUCGGAACGAUUCCACCGAACGCCGAUUCUCACCGCAAUUCGGUUUGUUCGGAUCCGAUGGGUAGCAUCGUGGAAGACGCCGACACCGACACGGUGGUGUAUGUGGCGGUCGGAAAGAACGCCUACAAGACGCAGCAACUGUUGCAUUGGACGGUUAAGAAUUUCUCCGGCAAAGAAAUUUGCCUUCUUCAUAUUCACCAGCCUCACUCUCUCAAUUCGUUCUCAGACAGAAAUCUCUCUGGGUAUGAACCAAAAGACCAUGCAACCAAGGCUUUCCAGGAGCAUGGAAAUCAAACAGUGCACAAACUUCUAGACCAAUACGUUCUCACUCUGGUCCCUGCAGGGGUACGAGCCUACAAAUUGUUGAUUGAGAUGGAUGAUAUUGAGAAAGGAAUCACAAAAGCUAUUGCUCAACACAAUAUUAGAUGGCUUGUAAUGGGAGCAGCAGCAGACAGAUAUAACUUGGGGGAAUAUAGUAAGCAUACUUCUGACAUAGAGACUGGCCCUGCAUUAUUGGUGCUCAAUCCAAAUACAGAUGCCAAGCAAUUUGAAAAUAUCAAAUCAGAAUCGAUUCCUGUUGGUGCACUGAAAUAUUUCGAUUCUUAUGAUAUGAAAGAGAUCAAAAGUGUCAGUUCCCACCUUUCCUUAAAUUCAAAAUGGCCGUUUAAUAAUGUCAUGAUGGACAGGUCAAAGUUGGCAGAUUUGAUGUUUCAUGAGGAUAAAACAUUUGAAAGCCAGUGUGCUAAGGAGAUACGAAGAAGAAAAGAAGUUGAAGAACAAUUGGCAAGGGAAAAGCAAGAAGUACAGAAAAUGAAGAAUCAGCGAGAUGAAAUACUUGAAGAAUUGCAAAUGGUCCAAGACCAAAAUUCAGCACUUAUGAACCAAAUUUCUGAGUCCCAGUGUACAGAAACAGAGUUGGAGGAGAAGAUCAUAUCAGCUGUGGACCUCUUGAUAAGUUUCAGGGAACAGAGAGAUAGGCUUAGGAUAGAGCAUGCAAAUGCAGUUAGGGAAGUCAAAGUGCUGAGAAAAAUUGGGGAAGCAGAUACUUCCUUCUCUUAUCGGGUAGAAUUCCCUGCAUUUUCUUUUGUGGAGAUAAAUGAGGCAACUAAUGAUUUUGAUCCAUCUUGGAAGAUUGGAGAAGGAAGGUAUGGAAGUGUUUACAAGGGACAGCUUCGCAACAUGCAUGUUGCCAUAAAAAUGUUACCCUCUUAUGGUUGUCAGAGUUUAUUAGAGUUCCAACAUCAGGUAGAGGUCUUGAGUAGGGUAAGACAUCCAAACCUGUUAACACUAAUGGGAAGCUGUGCAGAGUCUCGGUCACUUGUGUAUGAGUACAUAAACAAUGGCAGCCUUGAAAGCCAUCUUGCCCACAAAGAAAAGAAUCCACUUCCAUGGCAAAUUCGAAUAUCCAUUGCCACUGACAUAUGCUCUGCUCUAAUCUUCCUUCACUCCAGUGAGCCUUGUAUUAUCCAUGGGAAUUUGAAACCUAGUAAGGUUCUCCUUGAUGCCAACUUUGUUGCCAAACUCAGUGACUUGGGCAUUCCUAGUUUAGUUCAGCGAAGUUUGGAUUCAGCUGACACAAGCACAAUAUGUAAUAACCCAAAUGAACGUUUGGCAUAUGUGGAUCCAGAGUAUUUUGUCACUGGCAAGCUUACACCAGAAUCGGAUGUAUAUUCUUUUGGAGUCAUAUUGUUACAACUUCUAACUGGAAGACCCCUUUUGGGGCUAGUUAGAGAUAUGAAAUGUGCAUUGGAAAAGGAAAACCUUAAAGCAGUCUUGGACUCUUCAGCUGGUGAAUGGCCGUUUUUUCAAACUGAACAGCUGGCAUAUUUAGCAUUGAGGUGUUGUGAAAAGACUUGGUUGAACCGGCCAGACCUUGUGUCUGAAAUCUGGAGUGUUCUUGAACCAUUCAAAGCAACUUGCAUUGACACGCCACCACAUUUGAUUUCUAAGAAGCUUCGUCGGAUUCCUUCCCAUUUUGUCUGCCCCAUUGUCCAGGAAGUAAUGGAAGAUCCAUACAUAGCUGCAGAUGGCUUUACGUACGAAGAAGAGGCAAUAAGAGGAUGGUUGAAUAGUGGCCACGACACUUCCCCCAUGACAAACCUCAAACUAGACCACACUGAUUUGGUACCUAACUAUGCUCUACAUAAUGCAAUUCUGGAGUGGCAGCAACAGUGAUUCAGUGAACCUUCAUUGGCCAUUACACUUGCACAUAUUACACUGGUGUAAAUCAUACUUAUCCUGUAAAAAAAAAAGAAAAAUCUAAAAUGAGCAAGUAAGGGUGUGUUUACACUUGAAUUUUAGUAAGUUAAAAUUAUAAUGCUUUUUAAGAUCACAAUACAUCCUUACAUACUCAUUUUAGAAGCUUAACUUUAGAAGAGUCAUGUCUAAAUUCUGAUAGCAAGUUCGGAUGGAGAAGGGAGUAAAGAGGGAAAACAAAUUUUUAAUUAAACCUUUCCCUUGAAUUAGAGCUUUCUAAAAUGAAGAAUGAUCAUGUAAAUAAAAAAUCUUAUUUAUUUCUAUGAACAUUUUAAUAUUUAAAGUUCUCCAAAUUUGAAGGAUUAAUAUGUAAACUACUUGAAUGAAACAUAUUAUUUGAUUUCACCA